CUGUUUUCAAGAAGAAGGAAGAAUUCUUGGCAGCAAAGGAGGCUCAUGUCACACAAGUUAAACAUCUCCAAGAGCUUAAAGAAGAAAUCUCUAACGUUGAAGCCAAGCUUUCAGAGUUAAGAAACCAAGUUCCUCUUGCGGAGUAAACUUAGAAGAGUUUGACAGAUCAAAGAAACAAGCUCCGCGUUGACAUGGAAGUUGGUUUGAAAUCUGCUGACAAGAUCAAGGAUCAGCUACCUUCUUUCACAGCCUCUGCAGAUGAAGCCGCUGAAGAAAUCAAGAACAUGAGAGAAGAAUGUAGUACCUGGCAAAACAACCUUUGUUGAUUUUUCUUUUAUGUAUAUCCUUUGCUUUUUGCUAGUUGAACUUGCACAUUGUCAUGUUUGAACUUAUUGUUUGCUGCCUAUUGGCCAUGCAAACUUCUUUUUCAAUGUUGAUCUCUUUCUUGGCUCAUGUUUUGGAAAUCUGCUUCUUGUACUUUUUGUUCAUACUCUGUUACAGUUAAAAUUU